AUGACGACAUCAUCAUGUGCUAUUGCAAAUUCCUCUCAGGAUCAAGUAAGAAGAGUAAUUUAUCGCUCCGAUAAUGAAAUAAGGAGAUUACAACAAGAGGAAGAAAAGAAGAAGAGAAUUAGUAGGCUGAAAGCUGUGCGAGAAAUGGCAAAAUCCAUCUCUCGGAACAAAACAAAGGAAUAUCAAUUGGUGAAAGAGAAGGAAACACAAGAGAAUAUACAACAAGUUAAACGAGCUUGGCAAGAACGAAAAGACAACGAACUGCAACAGCUCCAAGAAGAAAUAGAAAAGGCAAAACAAAAGAUCGGAGAAGCUCACCGAAAUGCUCAACUCUUUCAUCAACAAUACGAAGAAGAGUUGAAAAGAAAGGAACGUCAACAACACGAAAAUACAAGAAAAGCACAACACCGAUUUGAAAAAUGUAUGAAGGUCGUGAAAUCAGAACAAGCGGCCAAAGAGCAGCUUCAGCAAGAAAAGGAAUAUAGAAUGGAAAAGGCCAAAAACUUGGAAUAUCCUGCAGUGGAACAAGUGCAGAAUGGCUUUGAAAAAUUAUUUGCUGUCCCAUCCAAUCAGCUCAAUAAUGUCAUAGCUGCAUGGAACCCCAUUCAGAAGCGAGAGGAGGCUCCACAAGAUUUUGUACAUUCAUUCCAUCACAAAAAACAGCAUGUAAAUACCGAAAAUCCCCAAAGUGAAAAACUGGCCUUGUCACAACAAGUAAAUCCAUUUGUUGUGAAACAUUUUGAGCCCAACAAGGGUCUUGACGUCAAUAAUCAGCAAGCAGAAAAAGAUAGAGAAGAAAAAAAGCAAUUAGCUGUUCAACGUGCAAUCAUGGAGAAGAAAUUUGCCAAGAAAGCAGCAGAAAAAUUACGAAUGGAUAAGCUGAAAACCACGUUGGAAAAGGAGCUUGAACAUGUUCAAAAAAUAGAUAUCCAACAAAAAGUCGAUUCUCUCACAGACAGUAGCUCGCGUAAUACUCUAGCUGAUAAUCAAUUCAAAAAGAAAAAACAAAUAGAAUUAGAAAAGAAGUUUGAGGAUCUAUUUCGGGCAAGAAUGCCUGAUCUCCAAGACAGUAGUUACUUUUAA